AUGCCCGUGCUUGUGCUGUGCCUGCUGUGCGCCCUGGCGACGGUGGCCCGGCCCGUCUCUGCGGCUCCUGUGGGUGGCCAGGAGCUGGCGCAACAGGAGGAGCUGAUCCUGCUCUCCCAUGGGGCCCUGCAGCUGGGCCAGGCCCUCAACAGCGUGUACAGGACCACAGAGACACAGCUGAAGGAGGCCGGGCACAGUGUGGGCCUCUAUGGCGGAGCACUAGGGCUCCUGGGGCAGGAGGUCAGCCGGGGCCGGGAUGUGGCCCAGGAGCUACGUGGAAGCCUGUUGGAGUUGCAGAUGGAAGAGGAUGCUCUGCAGCUCCAAGCAGAGGCCACAGCCCAGGAGCUGGGGGAGGCAGCCCAGGGACAGCAGGAGCUGUGGGAGAGCCUGCGGCGGCUAGAAGCCCGGCUGAGGGGCGCUCGGCUGGGCCACGCCCGCCAAGAAUUGGAGGCCUUAAAGGCCCACACUGACAAGCAGAGCCACAUCAUGUGGGUCCUCACGGGCCACGUACAGCGGCAGAGGCAGAAGAUGGCAGCCCAGGAGCGCUGGCUGCGACAGAUCCAGAAGAGACUCCACACAGCGGCGCUCCCGGCCUGA